AGCUCGCUAUCCUCUAGUGCGCUCAAAGCACCAGGUCCUUGGCCGAAACUGCGAGCCGUGCGUCGGGACCCGAUUCGGAUUUUACGAAACCUUUAGUCACGUUUUCGAGUUUGUGAUGGUCAACGCGGCGGGAAGUAAACAGGAUCAAAGCAGACAUUUUGGUUUCAAGCAAAAGGCUCGCAGUUCCGCGUCUCUUAUCGGUGAAGGGACCAAACGCAAUAUUGCCGAGAAAACGCUUACUGUGUCUUCUCGGCGUUUAUCAAGGAAAGAUCUUUUUUACGGCCUUCAUUCUUCAAGGAAUGUUCAGCCUGUUCAGUCUUUGAAACAGAAAGGUGCAAGCUCUAAGAUCCCUCAGCAAAAAGCAAGAUCCUCAGUCUUAGUCAACAUCAACACAAAGAAAGCUAUGCAUCCUGAAGAGGUUCAAAUUUCUAGACCGUUGGCGGGUUUAAUGGAAGUGAAGAAUUUGAAACCACAAGAAGGCCUAGAAGAUGACAUUGAUGUUGAAGAGGUGGAAUUGAGCACAGAAAAUGGGAAUAAUGAAGAGCUAAAUGGUAAUGGCUUUCACCACAAGGAAAAUGGUCACUCUGUUCAUCCUCAAGCAGAGAAGAAUGAAGUUCCACUUGAAGAGAAAUUGCAAGCUGAACCUUUCAAUGGUGCUGACGUGAAAUCUGUUCUGCGUCUCAAGAGUUCUCGGCGUAACUCUACAAGCAGUCGCUCUUCCUCUGUCUCAUCUGCCCGUUCUCUGAAGCAACAACUGCCUACAGCUUUGCAGAUGGAAGUCAGCAUGGAUUAUGAUGAAAGGGAACACAUGGAGCCACUUAUCAUUGAAGGCACUGCUGAGGAUCUGGAAGUUAGCAUGAGUGUAUCUCAUGACGAUGCUGAUGAUGGUGUCACUACUGACUCGGAAGCCCCUGUAGAGGUACCCGUUGAUAAUGAUGAGUAUGAAGACGAGAGUGUUGGGUCAGAGCAGGCAUCAGAGGCAGAGGUGCCAAAGAAGGUGAAAUCUCCAAAGCCCCCAAAGGCUGCUAAAAUUGGCAAGUCGCCUAAAACUAAAGCUGAGCUGAAAGUGAGCCAUGAGAAAGUGAAGACGCCUCGUGCCAGGAAAGGAAGCAAAACAGCUCCCAAGAUCUUUGAUGAAGUAGAUGAUUAUUCUGAUACCAACUCAGUUUCCAAAGAUGACACUGAAUCUGAAGAUCUCAACAUGAAAUACCAGAAGUCUCCUUCCAAGCGGUCCAAAUUGACACCACCCAAGCUGGCCCCCGUUGAUGAAUUGGAGCCCGAAGACAAGGAAGAGGUUGAGCCUGCUCCGAGGAGAAGUUCUCGCACUCGACAAACUCCUCAAAAAUAUAACAGCGCUCAAUAUGUUGAGUCUUACUGGGAUGAAGACCGUUUGAACAAUUCUGAUGCACCUUUCAGCACUGCAAUUCGCAGUGUGAAAGGCAGACGAUCAUUGCGGAAGUCUCGCAAUAUCAGUGCUCUCAAUUCAUCUCUUCACAAUGAGUCCUCUCCCUGGGAUAAUGAGUUCAAAGUUCUCACUCCUUGUGGUGGUGGUGUAUCUGUUCACAAUGUAUCCGUUUCUGACAAUGUGGACAUCAGUACUCCUGUCAAGCGCAAAGCUGAAGAUGAAAAUGAGGAAGAGAAUGAUCGAGGCCAGAAGAAAAUGUGUGUGGAGAGCACAGAUUUGGAUAAUUCGUCUGCGAGUCAAACCUCUAGUUUCUUCUCUGUUAUAACUUCCCCAAUUAUGCUACUGAAGAACAAACUUCGAGGAUCUUACGUGAGCAGCAGCACACCUGUCAAGGAGCAGCUAGCUGACCCCCAAAUGGAUGUAACCGAACCAUUGGAUGCUGAUAAUAAGGAUGUGGAGGUUGCAGCAGAUGCCGAAAAGAAAGAUGCUGAUGUUCCUGAAGAAGCUUCAGCUUCACCCACCUCCACCGUGGAUGCACCAGAAGUACAAGUAAACCGAAACUGGUGCUCAAUUAUGUAAUUAUUGUAAAUUUUCUGUGUAUUUGCUUACACACAACACACACUUUUACUUGAUUUAGUCACUUGCUCGCUUUUAGUAUAGUCAGUCUGGUGAGGAAGUAUCUUAAACUGAUAAUGAUUUUGUCUUGAAUUUGUGUUGUGUGUCUGCAAAUAUGUUAAUUCACUUUCUCUACCAGCUUCUUUGGACAUUUUAGUUCAUGAAAGUUGUGUUAUAGUUCAACAUUCAUUUGCUUUGAUUCUCCUUGGUAUUAGCAGAUUAUGCUUUUAGGGUCUUUGUAUCGUUUGUUUUAUUGUGAAUGACUUUAGUAUUCUGAUCAACAUUUUAUCUGAAAUUAUGACGUAAAUUGAACCUUUACAAAGUAUGUUUAUAGUCUAGUAAAUCCAUGGUUCCAUCCUAUUUCUUUUUGGUACAUAUGUUGUUUUUUUAAGUUAUGUAUCGUAUGAGACUGAUCACAGUAUUUUUCAUUUUACUUUAGGCUAGCCCUUCCCAUGACACUGGUAAUUGGUGGGACAUUAUUACGUUCCAAACCUACUCAUUUCUCUUGAUAAAGUAGUAGCUUCCAUGCUAUGAUUUUUGUUUCAUAUUCCUUUGUUGUAUUUUAAGUAAAUUUUAUGUUGAACAUAAUGUACUUCAAUUUAGUAUUAAAGACAUGUUUCAUUUUA